ACACAACUGGAAUUGGUGAUCGAAAAGAUACACGGGAAGUACAUUUUCAUUUCGGUUUAAGCGUAAUCAUGCCGUACUUUGAGAAUGCGAUUAGAAAAAUGCUCCCUACGAAAUAUCGCCGCAAACAUGUGGCCCAUGACAUGUAUGUUGCAGUGGUCCACUUCCAAAGCCUUGUGCCGAUGAUGGGCAGACAUGUUUACAACGACGGAACCACAAAAAACUUGAUGAGUCUAACCGGAACCAUUCCUGUCCUGUUUGAAGACGAGACCUACAACAUUCCUGUAUGCCUUUGGAUUGAGGCAAGCUACCCUCAAACUGCUCCCAUCUGCUAUGUCACACCCACUAGUGACAUGAUGGUCCUCAGUGGAAAGUACAUCUCCAGCAAUGGUGAAGUCAUGCUGCCUUACCUGGAGGACUGGAAGAAAGGCGAAUGUGACCUCGUCAGCUUACUGCAGGUGAUGGUUGUUACGUUCGCAGACUCCCCCCCUGUAUGCAUGCAGCCUCAUCCAGAGCCCGAGGAAGCUCCUUGUUGGCUACAGUUCCACAGACAAGCAGAGGUUCUUCCAAAGACAGAUGGAAGUUUGUAUAUGAAUUUAGCUGGUGAAGAUGGUCUACCUUUCCAGCAAGAAAAUGAAACCAACUGUUAGUUCUGUGCAAUUUGAAAGUUAAUCUGAACAGUUUGUGUGUGUGUUGUGCGUCAGAUGGUAUCCAUUGAUCAUAUCAUGGUUAAUGCAUUAAUCAUUUCAGAUAAAUAACAGCAUGCUUAAUUUGUUUCAAAUCAUUUAGACUAUAAAUGUCAAGCAGCAGAAAAUAUAUUGAUCUAGUUUGGUAUGAAUGUAUUAGACUUUUUUCCAAUAUGUAUUUUAUUUUAACAAAGUUACUAUGACAUUUGAAUGAUUUUCUGUCUAAAGACUGACAUGCUUUACAAGCAUCUCAUAAAACGGU